CCAACGGUAUUAGCGCAAUCUCAUGGUGAGGGACUGGAGUCUGCAGCGGCCUCGUCUCGCUCCGCCCUCCGGCUCGUUCUUGCACCCACCAAUGCCGAGAAGCUCGCCAACGCUACUGAGCGACUUAUUAAACGCAGAAAGUCCGCCUACAAGAAGGCAGUGGCAAACUUUGAGUAUUGGAAAGAUGUCUCACCUUUUAGCCACUUGCAUCGCCAACUACAGCUGAGUGUGCGAUCGCAGGCCAGUCUUGGUGUGGACAAACCCGCGGUCUCACCCUCAUACGUUUUCGGUGGCCAGCACGUGCCAGUGGUUGUGAGGUUGGCCGAAUCCCUCUGGGCCGACGGGUUGGCCGGUGCCAUCAACACUGGGCGUUCUCUCCUUAACGGAACGGAAUUGCUCGGGAGAGAUCAACUUUCACGUGCCCUCGCCCUUUUACGCGUCGAUGAGAGAGGCGCGAAGACUCUUGGCCGUGUCUCACUGGCGCCCACGCAGACAGAAGAGCAAAACGGAGGACAAAGGACUCUUUCACACGGGCAAACGGUGGUGGUAGCUUUCGUGGGUGGUUGUACUUACGCUGAGGUGGCAGCUCUUCGAUUUGCGGCGGCACGUCGCUGCUGGCGCCUCCUCAUUGCAACAUCACAAAUCCUCUCCACUAAAUCCCUCAUUCACCAAGUUGGGCAGGCGGCUGCGUUAUAG